GCGACGUGGGAAAUGUACUGUACCGUGGGCCCAUGACCAUGGACCAGAACGAACCCAACAAACUACAGGGGACCGGGAGACUCUCGGGCAAAUUUGCUCUCGUCACAGGAGGUGGCAGUGGUAUCGGUCGGGCGGCCUGCCAGGUCUUCGCCAGGGAGGGGGCCACAGUCGCAGUGGUGGACGUUAACGAAACAGGUGCGGAGGAGACGGUACAAUCUCUACAGAAACGCGGCCUGUAUUCACACAGGUCUUACGUAACAGAUGUGACGUCAGCGGCUGCAGUAUCAAGACUGGUGGAGUCCGUCCGUGCGGAUUACAGCGUCGUCCCUGACGUCGUCCUGGCGUCACAAGGCGUCCAGACGCACACGGCCUUCCUGGACAUGGACGAGGAGACGUUCGACAGGAUCGUCAACGUCAGUCUCAAGGGAACAUUCCUGGUGGUCCAGGCGUUCUCUCGGUUGAUGGUGGAGAACAAGAUAGCAGGAGGGUCUAUUAUAACCAUGGGCAGUCUUAGAGCAGCACAGGGUUCAGCAUUUCACUCUCACUACGCUGCAAGUAAAGGUGGUGUGGUAUCGUUGACCAAGUCGGUUGCACUGGAAUUGGCAAAAUAUAAUAUUCGGUGCAAUGUCGUUAACCCCGGUGCCAUUACUACUCCGUUACAACAACAGGACUUCGUACCCGAGGAGGAAAUGCCAAAGAGAAUUCAAGCCAUUCCACUAGGUCGGUACGGUGACCCCAUAGAGGUGGCGAACCUGUGCCUAUUUCUGGCCUCUGACGAAAGCAGCUACAUGACCGGUCAAGCAGUGGACAUCACCGGUGGUCGAUGAGAAUUGUGUCCACGUACUGGCCUCCUUGCGGAAUUCAUCAAAAGUGCAGGCAUCUCCACGACUUCAGAAACAGUUUAUCUGUCUAGUGAUAAAUGAAGUGAUAAAUAGUUUACGUCGAUCAGAGGCAGAAAGCAUCAGCGGACUGGCACGCUCGAGCUCGGACACAUCUAUUCACGUAUUUAAAGACCGAGUCAUGUAGAUUUAUCUAUACCUGCCACAAAUUGUUUGACGCUCUGGGUAACAACGUACUUUUUUCGUUGCAGUGUUAAAAUGUGCUAUAAAAGGGUGGAAGAUAAAACAUAUUUGGUAAUGAGAGUGAAUACAAUGAAACAACGUAAUCUUUGUAGUACAUUAUAUACACAGACGAUUCUAAACUGUACCUAGCCUCUAUCAGAC